GAUGAUUAUGAUCACGAGUACCCUUCUUACGACUACUACUAUGAAGACGGUUCGUCCGAUUACGAUUCUGGUAAAGACAAGCAUUAUUCUGCUGGAAGCGGAGACUACGACGCUCACAAAGGCAGCGAAUACGACUACAAGAACUGGGGCCAUGUUUGCUCGUCCGAGUACAACCACGAGCCUGUCGUGUGGGACAAGCACUGCCGGAUGUUCUGGAGGUGUGACAAGUACAGGGGGGUCAAGGCGAAACGACUGUUGUACAUCACUUCCACCACGAAUCGAACACUGGGAUGAGAAGAAGCGGGGAUCUGACGCUCGACAGUAGCGGUUCACCUAAAGGCGACCAUCACGUGAGCAAACGACGCGCAGAGUGGCCGAAUCAAGGCACGCUCUCUCAUUGGACCAAUAUUAUUAUCUCUAAGAUAGGAGAGCUCUCACAACGCUCUCCCCAAGCGAAGUCCCUUUCGCACCAUAAUGGCGUCCAUGAGGUCACGGCGUUGGAUCAGUUCAGCAGUGUGGGAGACUUGGUGGAGAAGACGAGAGAGGAAAACUUUCGCCAGUUCUUGAAUCGGAACGAGCUCUUGAGAGAGAGGAUUGCGGACGGGCUGAGAGGUGACGCCGUUUGGAGGAACUGGCUCUCUGCGAGGGGUGGAGACACCACGGACGAUGCGACGGGUAACAGCAUCGAGAAGGGAACCUAUUCCGCCACGGAUCAUACCCACGAUUCUGCAGGAAUUAGCAGCGGUCAUACUGGUGAAGUCGAGACUGGAACAUCUGCCACGGAACAUGCUGACAAUGCUACAGAAAACGUCAAAGGUCAAGGAGAGGGAAAAGGUCAAGGAAAUGGCAACGGUAAAAGACCACCUGGCAAAGGUCGUGGCAUGACAAUAACUCACACACACGACGGCGUGACACACACUCACGUCUUCGACGAGUCCGGCGUGCAGAUAGACAACCACUCCCACAGACACGCCGGUGUCAACGACGCGCUGGCAAAGGAUGACCAGGCGGAGGAGGGUCAUGACGUCACAGACAAGACCGUGCCCUCUCUGGAACCUCAGAACGUAACACGUCAUGAGCAUGACGGCUCAACGCACGCACAUCAAAUACCGCCACUCACUCCUCAUAGCUUUACACAUACUCACGACGGUUCAACACACACGCAUCUUCAUCACCUACCCCCACUCACUCCUCACACAUUCACACAUACACACGAUGGUUCAACACACACUCAUCACCACAUACCCUCACUCACUCCUCACACUUUUACACAUACCCAUGACGGAUCAACACACACGCAUCAUCAAAUUCCCCCACUCACCCCUCACACUUUCACACACACCCACGACGGAUCCACACACACCCACCACAUAUCAGCUGAUGGUCAGUUCAGCGAUAACACGGGACACACUCACUUUGCUCCUCAUGAGAAUGACAAGACGGAUAGACCACGCAACAGUGCGUCACAUGAUGGGGAAUCUUUCACUCACACACAUGACGGUGUUACACACACACAUGAUAGUGACUCACACACUCAUGAUAAUGACUCUCACACACACGAUAGUGAUUCUCACAUACACGAGAGUGACAAACACACGCAUGACAGUGACUCACACACCCAUAAUAGUGGCUCAUAUGUACACGAUAGUGACUCUCAUACCCAUGACAGCGUUACACACACCCAUAACGGCGUUGCUCACACUCAUAACGGGUUUACACACAUCCAUGAUAGUGACUCACAGACACACGAUAGUGAAUCACACACACAUAAUAGCGUUACACACACUCACAACGGCGUCAGACACACACAUUACUGGAACUCUGACCAAACUCAUGCGGACACCCCAUCACCAAGGAAGACCUCUUCAGGUGGAGCAGGUGAAAACUUGAACUCCGCCGGCUCGGAUCGGAGUGAGGCUCAAAUCAACGGCCACCCUUCUUAUGGUGUUCCCAGUUCUUCUACUGCUCGUGGGGAUAAAUUAAACGUAACAUUCGAGCCUCCCUCGAACACCAGCUCCUCCGACUCUGAUAAAUCGAAGAGCACCCCGAGUGCGAGGAAUCAUUCGAAUGUUCCUCCGAAUACUCGAGGUUCGUCCGUUGCUGCAACACCCAGUCGUAGGGGACAUGGGAAUCCUCGGAAGCGUCAGGCCGAAGAAUCGCCGAAUAAUUCGGAUGGGUCCUACUUUCGGGUCGUCCGCAAGAAGCUCCCAGGUGGAUGGAGUGUGACUCACACGCACGGCGGAGUCGCCCACUCCCACUUCGUUAACGAAGACGGGACAACGAGAGGCCGUGCCCACCACAAACACGACCACAAGACGACCGUGAGACACCAACACAGCAGCGGCAGCGUCCCUAGCAACGGCGGCGGCGGCGGAAGUUGGGCCACAAUGACUCGCUCUCACGACGGUUCUUCUAGCCACACAAGUCACGGGACGGAAGACGACGAUUUUUUCGAGAGUUCGGGGUACUCUCAUUCCUCGCAGUCACACUCCUCUAGUUCUUCUUUUUCCCACACUCACGACGGCUCCACACAUACACAUUACGGAAACGACGACUGGGAAUAAUGAACAUAUUAUUAUUGUAAUCACCAUCAACAUCAUCAUCUUCAUCAUAAGCAGCAGCAG